AUGCGACGCCCCGCCUACAUGCGACCCUUCAUAAGUGCAUAUGGAGCACAGUUGUCAUCAGAAGCUUGCAGAGAGCUGGGCUUCUCCAGUAACUUGCUGUGCAGUUCUUGCAGCCUUCUUGGACAGUUCAAUCUGAAUCAGUUGGAUCCGUUCUGCAGACAGUGCUGCCAAGAAGAAGCUCAGUUGGAAACAAGAAAGCUUUAUGCAGGAGCUGUCCUAGAGGUAUGUGGAUGAAAAUUGGGAAGGUUCCCUCAAGUCCAGGCUUUUGUCAGGAGCGAUAAGCCAAAACUCUUCAGGGGACUGCAGAUCAAGUAUGUGCGUGGUUCUGACCCUGUACUAAAGCUGCUGGAUGACAGUGGGAACAUUGCAGAAGAACUGAGCAUCCUCAAGUGGAAUACAGAUAGCGUGGAAGAAUUUCUAAGUGAAAAAUUAGAACGUCUAUAAAUCAUGGCUUUCAGUCCUCCUUCCUUUUUGUGUUUGUCAUGGUAAUCUUCUCAGAUGUAGUAUGCCACAAUUGAAAAAACAUUCCAGCUUCUGUAUUUUAAAAUAUCUGUUGUGCUGUACUAAACAUCUUCUAAGUAGAAGCAGCAGCUUCAGCACACAUAUCUGACAAGCUAACAAACAGAAUAGCUUGUCUUAAUGCAUUUCAGCUCUUAAUGCAUUUAUCACUAACAAAAUGCUUUGUUUCAAAGUUAAUUAUGCAAAUAUCAGUUUGCUAUAAUUGGGUCUGUUUUUACAAAUGCUCUUAAAACUGAAGAGCUUUAAAUAAUUUAAAUGAUUACCAUGCUUUUUGUCUGCUGCUGUUUAUAAGAAAGUCAGAACCAAAUGCAACGUACUAUCUCCCAAAGAAACUUGACUGCUAAUGCCCUCUUCGUUUUUGAACGGUUGUUUUUAUAGGAGCUUUGUUCACAGUGAGUAUCUAGUUCACAGGUGUUGACGCUGACGGAGGAACUCAUGCUCUGGUACUGUGAAACAUUUUGUAAGUACACUUUAGUGAAGACUACAUAGAAAACCCCUGAGGUAUAUGGAAGUCAGAUGUCAGGUGUGCUUUACUUUAAGUGUUUUGCUUCAGAAAACAUGAGAUGCAAGUCUUGAAAAAACUUUCACAAGUUUAUUGGAAGUCUGUUUAUCAAAUGAAU